CAAGCCUCCUCCUCUCGACAAAAGACACUGUGGAGUCAGCGGAGUUUGUCUUCAGGCGAAAGGACUUGCGUGUUUUUCGCCCGUCGGCGGAUGCAGGAGGAUUUUUCCUAAUUCAAAAGACGUUAUCUGUAACUCAUUGAGUGAACAGUGUGAUCCGAAAACUAGGCGCGGCUAGCGAAACAGUAGAAAUGGACGAGGAAGAUUCUCGACAAAAGAUUACUCUUCUCAUAAAAACGCCCAACCAGGCUCAGGAGGACCAGACCGUCGAAGGCGUCAGCUUAAACUGGACUGUAAAGGAUCUGAAAACGCAUCUGGCGAGUGUUUACGCGACGAAACCGACUGUAAGUGACCAGAGACUCAUCUAUGCUGGUAAACUGCUGCCUGAUCAUCUACACAUCAAAGAUCUCUUCAGACAGACUGACUCCAUUCCCACGCUGCACCUGGUGUGUGCUGUCAGGAAUCCACCCCAGGGACCCCUGGGAGCCAGACCUAAGACCACAGCCAGUCCCAUAGUCCACACACAGAGCACACCUGAGCUGAGACAGAGGAGACAGUCCUCUUCAGCUUCACCUUCAGCUCACACACAUUCCCCAGUGUCUCCAGCAGGAGCUCCAUCAUGGCCUGCUGCUGCAGGGCCUGGAGAACCACAGAUGACCCAACCAGCCUUUCCCACCUACUCCCUGUACAGCCCCCAGCAGCUGCUGUGGCUCCAGCACGUCUACGCUCGACAGUAUUACAUGCAAUAUCAGGCAGCGUUGGCAGCAGCUGGCACUGUCCCCGCUGCACCAGCUACAACCAUUGGCCAGCACCCUCCUGUUCCCGCCCACCAAGUCCCUGUGCCAGGCCCCUUAGCCAAUCAGAACCCCAUCAACAACCUGCCAGCCAAUCAGAACCCAGUACAGGACGGCGCCUUCAUCAACCCCGGGGAGGCCAACCAGAACGUGCGGAUGAACGCGCAGGGUGGGCCUAUGGUGGAGGACGAGGAGGACAUGGAGCGUGAUUGGCUGGACUGGUUGUAUUCGGCUGCGAGAUUCAGCGUCCUGCUCAUGAUCGUGUACUUCAACUCCAACCUGAGCCGCUUCCUGCUGGUGAUGAGCAUGCUCCUCCUUAUGUACCUACACACUGUUGGUUGGUUUCCCUUCAGAAGACGAGUGCAGGUCCAAGAACUUAACCCCCCUGAGGUCCAGCACAACCAGCAGAACGAGAACAGGAACCCAAAUCCAGCGGACGAGCUCGCUGACAGUCACAGGGAGGAACCUGCUGCUGCAGAGGACGGAUCAGACACACAGGGACCGAUGACAGCGGUCUUAGUGCCUCCUCACAGGGUGUCAGUCAUGUGGACGGCCUGGGUUUUCUUCAAAACUUUCUUCUCCUCCCUCAUACCUGAGGUUCCUCAGGGUGUUGCCAACUGACCACCCAGGACCGACUGUUGAUCUGAACAGCAGACUCUUUUAUUUCCCAGCUGGGAACAAUAAUGUCCAGAGAUGGAAAGAAAAAGAACUA